AUAUAGAUCAAGUAUGAGGAGGUCAGAGGGAGAGAACUGGUGGAGGGGAGGCCUUUCUAGGAUGAACUUGAAACGUUGGACAAGAGAAACUCCCAGGAACCUAUGGGGGUGACCCUAGCUAAGACUCCUAGCAAUAAGGGAUAUGGAACCUCUCUGUCUUUCUAGGUCAGGGGGACUGAAUGUCCUCUAGGAGUGGCACUUUUUUCCUGACCACCCAGGACACACAAGCACUUGGCAGAAACACAAUACUAAACAAACAUAGAAUGGAGCCACUCCCACCAGAAGCUUGAGUGGGCAUCAGAGCACAGAGUCCAUUUAUACAGGGAGAUCAAGUCCCCAGAAAAUCAUCCAGAUUCACAUUUCAGAAGUUAAGACCACAGAGAACACACCCAGCGGUGCACAUCCUGCUUCUUCCGCUGCUGAGAAAAGGAAAACGUUCAGCUCUAGAAUGAGAACACUUGGAGCUAUGGCAAUAAUGCUGGUGGUUAUGGGAACUGUAAUUUUCCUCUCUUUUAUCCUGAGAAGCAGAGACAUCUUGUGUGGGAAGACCAUGAAGUCCCAUGUUAUCAGUGCUGUGGAAACGAGCCAGCUCAUGGUGGACCAUGCAGUCUACAACACCAUGAAAAGAAACCUCAAGAAAAGGGAAGUCCUUUCUCCAGCCCAGCUUCUCUCUUUCUUUAAGCUGCCCGAGUCCACCAGUGGGGCUAUUUCCCGAGCAGCAGAGAUUAUGGAAACAUCAAUACAAGUCAUGAAACGUGAACAGUCACAGUUCUCCACGGAUGCCUUAUCAGCAGACAUUCUGGGCACAAUUGCCAACCUGUCAGGAUGCUUGCCUUUCAUGCUGCCACCAAGAUGUCCUGACACCUGCCUGGCAAAUAAGUACCGGCCCAUCACAGGGGCGUGCAACAAUAGAGAUCACCCCAGAUGGGGAGCCUCCAACACAGCCCUAGCAAGAUGGCUGCCUCCUGUCUAUGAAGAUGGCUUCAGUCAGCCCAAAGGCUGGAACCCUAAUUUCUUAUACCACGGCUUCCCACUGCCCCCGGUACGGGAAGUGACAAGGCACCUCAUUCAAGUUUCCAAUGAGGCUGUGACCGAAGAUGACCAGUACUCUGAUUUUCUGCCGGUGUGGGGACAGUACAUCGAUCAUGACAUUGCUCUCACACCACAGAGCACUAGCACAGCAGCCUUCUGGGGAGGUGUCGACUGCCAGCUGACCUGUGAGAACCAAAAUCCUUGCUUCCCCAUACAGCUUCCCUCAAACUCCUCAGGGACCACUGCAUGCCUGCCUUUCUACCGCUCCUCCGCCGCUUGUGGCACUGGGGACCAAGGUGCUCUCUUUGGCAACCUGUCUGCAGCCAAUCCGAGGCAGCAGAUGAAUGGCUUGACCUCCUUCCUUGAUGCUUCCACUGUGUACGGCAGCUCCCCUGGCGUUGAGAAGCAGCUGCGCAACUGGAGCAGCUCGGCAGGACUGCUGCGUGUCAACACUCUCCACCUAGAUGCUGGCCGUGCCUACCUGCCCUUCGCAACAGCCGCCUGCGCUCCAGAGCCUGGUACCCCACGCACCAACCGCACGCCCUGCUUCCUGGCUGGAGACGGUCGCGCCAGUGAGGUCCCUGCCCUGGCAGCGGUACACACCUUGUGGCUGCGCGAGCACAACCGCCUGGCUUCGGCCUUCAAGGCCAUUAACAAGCACUGGAGCGCCAACACUGCCUACCAGGAGGCGCGCAAGGUGGUAGGGGCACUGCACCAGAUCAUCACCAUGAGGGAUUAUAUCCCCAAAAUCCUGGGUCCUGAUGCCUUCAGGCAGUAUGUGGGCCCCUAUGAAGGCUACAACCCCACUGUGAACCCUACUGUGUCCAACAUCUUCUCCACUGCUGCCUUUCGCUUUGGCCAUGCCACAGUCCAUCCACUGGUGAGACGGCUAAACACUGACUUCCAGGAGCACACAGAGCUCCCCAGGUUGCAGCUGCGUGAUGUCUUCUUCAGACCCUGGAGGCUUAUCCAGGAAGGUGGUUUGGAUCCGAUAGUGAGAGGCCUCCUGGCGAGAGCAGCCAAGCUGCAAGUCCAAGGGCAGCUGAUGAAUGAGGAGCUGACCGAGAGGCUCUUCGUGCUGUCUAACGUGGGCACCUUGGAUCUGGCAUCACUGAACUUGCAGAGGGGCCGGGAUCAUGGCUUACCAGACUACAAUGAAUGGAGAGAGUUCUGUGGCUUGUCACGCCUGGAGACACCAGCUGAGCUGAACAAGGCCAUUGCCAACAGAAGCAUGGUCAACAAGAUAAUGGACUUAUACAAGCAUGCUGACAACAUUGACGUCUGGUUGGGAGGCUUGGCUGAAAAGUUCUUGCCGGGGGCCCGCACUGGUCCUCUGUUUGCAUGUAUCAUUGGGAAGCAGAUGAAGGCUCUGAGGGAUGGGGACAGGUUUUGGUGGGAGAACACCAAUGUCUUCACAGACGCUCAGAGGCAGGAACUAGAAAAGCAUUCACUACCUCGGGUCAUCUGUGACAACACUGGACUCACCAGAGUACCUGUGGAUGCCUUCCGUAUUGGAAAGUUCCCCCAAGACUUUGAAUCCUGUGAGGACAUCCCGAGCAUGGACCUUGAACUAUGGAGGGAGACCUUCCCACAAGAUGACAAGUGUGUCUUCCCAGAGGAGGUGGACAAUGGGAACUUUGUGCACUGUGAAGAGUCUGGGAAGCUGGUGCUUGUAUACUCCUGUUUCCAUGGAUACAAGCUGCAGGGCCAGGAGCAGGUCACAUGUACCCAGAAGGGAUGGGACUCCGAACCUCCUGUCUGUAAAGAUGUUAAUGAGUGUGCAGAUCUGACACACCCACCUUGCCACCCCUCUGCACAGUGCAAGAACACCAAGGGAAGCUUCCAGUGUGUGUGCACAGACCCCUAUGUGCUAGGUGAGGAUGAGAAGACCUGCAUAGAUUCUGGCAGGCUACCUCGGGCAUCCUGGGUCUCCAUUGCACUGGGUGCACUUCUCAUUGGUGGUUUGGCCAGUCUCACCUGGAUAGUAAUUUGCAGGUGGACACAUGCUGAUAAGAAAGCCACAUUGCCGAUCACAGAGAGAGUGACCACCCAGUCAGGAUGCAGAAAGAGUCAGGGGAGGGGGAUUUCACCACACAAGGCCGCAGCUCAAGACACUGGACAGUCCCUACCUGUCCCAGCAGAUUUCCAAUCAACUGAAGACUGAAAACUGCUCUGAAUCAAACCCGUGAGUCCUGGAAGUGCUGAAAGCAGAUGUAGACGGCUUCAGAUGUUUUUGAUGAAUUUCCAAUCAGCCUGUUCCCCUGGCUUGAUCCAGCACUUCCAGACUGCUCCAAAGCUGCCUGUACUUAGUUAGCUAUUCCCAAGCGGUCCCGCAGAACCCGGGCAGUGAGCAGAACAGAUGGCCCAGGCCUGCCCUCCUCUCUUCCUCCCUACAAUUCCAACAGUGGCUUAAUUUCAGCCAAGAAGCAGUUACAGAAGAGAUUCCCUCGCCUCUUAUCAUCAUCAUCAUCAACAACAACCCUCAAAUGUCAAAUCCCAAAGAAACCCCAGGACAAAUGGUUACAGUGAGGGUUGGGGUGUCUAUUAGCACCAAAGCACAUGCUGGCCUCAAUGCUCUCAGCUUCACAAGUGACUGUCACAGAGUCUCUGCAGGUAGCCUUGUUCUCCUCAGCUCUUCUCCCCCUACCACCUACCCUGAUCUUCUUCAGCUCAUUAGCUUCCCUUCCCCCACCUUCUCACCACCUCACUUCUAUCUAACCCUGAUACUUUGGCCAUGUUCCCUCUGACUCUUGGUCUUCCUCUCCCAACCCCCCUUCAUAGCCUGGUUCAUUCUCCUGACCAUGUCCAGUCUACUCCUUUCUCGCUGCUCUAGACUCUUGCACAUACCUCUUGCUGUGCUCUCCCUCCGAUUUACAAUAAAAACCUUCCUUUGAAACAUACCUUGACAUAGUCAUACUCUUCCUUUAUGCAUUUGGUGCUGAACGCCCCCCCCCACCCUUUGUCAGGUGUAAAAGAUAUGUACAAACCCAGUUUUGAAACUACAUGCAAAUAUUUCAACAUUUACUUCAAUAUUAUCUGAGUUGUUACUUGGAGGAAGUAAAAAAGAUUUUUCAAUUUGCUUUUUAAAAUAAAAUGGCUAAAGGGGCUGGAGAGACAGCUUAGCCAUUAGGAAUGCUUGCUGCUCUUCUAGAAUAGCAUAGUUUCCAGUAUAGACAAGAGGCUGCUCACAAAUGCCGGUGACUCCAGGUCCAAGAGAUCAUAGUCUUUUUUACAGCCUCUGCAGCUAUGCAC